AUGCACGGGAAGUCUUCAAGAACAAUAUUAAUAUCCUCACUCCCAAUUUCUGAUCUGGUCAUCCCUGGUAUACAAAAUCUUGAAGGCACAGUAGAUGUCAAUUCAAACAAUAAUAUACGUCGAGUUUCAUUCCCAAAUUUAGUAUCAGCCACACGUAUUUUAGUUUCAAACCAAACCUCUUUAACCACUUUAGAAUUUCCUUUACUCCAAAAAGUUGAUACAUUAACGGUUAAAAAAUUACCAAGUUUAACUGAUUUAACUUUUUCCGCAGGGUUAACUGAGGCCAAUAAUUUAGAGAUAACAGAAACGGGCGCAAGGGGGAUAUAUGGACUUAAUGUAAAGAAAAUGUCAAGUUUACGAGUACAUGAUAAUCAGCAAAUGGAAAAUUUGCAAAUUCCAAAUGUGAAAAGCAUUGAUACGAUUUAUAUUACUGGGAAUGGAAGGGGAAGACUUAAUUUAACUACACCAUAUUUGGACACUGUAAAUGAUUUAACGAUUAAAAACGCGGGCUCACUUGCUGUUUCCGCUCUUUCCACUAUAUCUAAUAACCUCGUAAUAUCUGAAAAUAUUUUCCCUUCCUUUACAUUCCAAAACCUACAUUCAGUAGCAGGUACUAUAACAAUAGAUAGUAACCAAUUUCUCAAAUCCACAAACUUUCCUGAACUUCAAACGGUUGGCUCUGCUUUAGUGAUUUCUAAUAAUCCAUCCCUCGAAAUUAUCAGUGGAUUUCCAAAGUUAGGACAAAUAGGUGGAUCAGUGGAUGUUACAGGAUCAUUUUCUGAAUUUGACGUAUCAAAAUUAGAUGAUAUUAAAGGUGGAAUAAAUGUACAAACAACAUCUGAAAGAUUUAAAUGCGAUACAAUUGAUAAGUUAAAGAAUGAUGGUGUUGUUAAAGGAGAUACAGUUGUUUGUUUGGCGGGAACUAAAGAACCGAAAAGUGUUGUAGCACAGCCUAAAACAGGUGUACCAGAGAAUAAAGAUACAAUUAAAUCAUUUGGUGGAGGGGAUAAUAAAGGAUCAACGAAUAGCUCAGUAAAUGAAACUAAAACAUUACUCAACAGUGGUGUCAAACAUAAAAUGAAUCAUUUUGAUCGAAUAUUAAAGCAUUCACAGGAAUCUUGUAUACAAACUUGCUCUCUUGUCGAUUGUCAAAUUUAUGUGGCUACACAAAAGGAUACCGCUAAAAAAGAAUCGUCUACAAUCUCUUUAAAAACUAUUACAUAUGCUGAGUCUAAUCUUUUUCCUGUAGAAUUUGAUACCACAACAGAUGGAACCGCAAUUAUUCGUUUACAACAACGCCUUCCAAAUAAACAAUGUGCUGAAUCAAGAGUUAUAAUGAGAUAUAUUUUGCCGAAUGGUGUGUUAGUGGCAAACGAUGUGGAUUUUAAAUUUGAUCCUAUUAAUUUUUGUCCCGUGGAUAAAAUUGAGAUUCAUCCUUUAUUAGAAAAGUUUAGUUUAGUUUUGUAUUUAAAUUCUACGAACUCACAAGUAAGUACCGGAAAUAUAUCGGUACAAUAUGCUGCCAUUAUAAUUGGCCAGGAUGGUAAAGUUGUUCAAAGUAUUCCAUUCAUGUCCGAUACACCUGUAAAGACAAAAACAGUUGUGAAUGGUAAUGGUGAUUUUUUGUGGACAUUUAAACCUGAUAAUAAUCAAUCAAUUACUUAUGCCAAAUUCACUUUACAAAAGCAAAAUAUUGCAAUAACAGAUCCUACUAUACCACCGAUAAUUACAAUGUCUGUAAACGGAAUAUAUCAACUACCAACCAAUCUCAAUCUUGAACUUUUAAAUUAUACUACUUUUCCUACGUUUUAUGGUCAUUUCGGGAUUGUUUUCACUGCUAGAUAUAAUAUUCCCUCUUCGUCAACAUCACAAUUACUUCUUUAUUGCACUUUUCUAAUCUUUGAGACAAACAAUUUCAUACCACCAUUAUCUAUAUACACUCCUACAACACCAUUAACAACAUUAGAAAUUAUGCAAUGUGGUGAAUCAUCAUUUGAAGGGAUAGGAUUUAAAUGUUUUAUAACUGAAUUAACUUCAAUUCCUAUUGUUAAUAAUAAUAUUACAUCAAAUUCUAUAAAAAUUAUAUUUUUUGAUCCUUUAUAUUUUGGUGGAUAUUUACAAAGAAUUUAUUUAAAUAAUGGUGAUGGUGGAAAUGGUCAAUCAUGGAGUAUAGUAACGACUGAUAUUAUUAAAAUUUAUAAUCGAGAUAAAUCUCUGAUAAAUCCAAAUAUAUUAUCGACUUCUUUACCGAUAAGCACCACAAUUCCGUUAGAAAUGACUCCAUUUAUUAUUACAUUUUCGAAACCUAUUAAUUUAUCAACCGGAAAUAUUUCAAUAUUUCAGUUUAUUUCUCCAACCAACAUUUCAAACA